AGCACACAUCUUCGUCAUACACCAAUUGCCACCGCAAAGAGAACCAAAAAACAACCGAUUAAAAACACCUUCCGCAUACACCUAUCACAAUGGCCGGUGGUGCAGCCAAGUAUCGCCAUCUCAGCCGCAAGUCAUCGCACAGACAGGCCCUUCUUCGCAACUUGGUCACCUCUCUCUUCAAACAUGAGUCGAUCACAACAACAUGGCCCAAGGCCAAGGAGGCGCAACGGCUGGCUGAGAAGUUGAUCACAUUGGGCAAGAAGAACACAGAAGCGAGCCGGAGACAGGCUUUGUCGGUUUUCUAUACUCCUCAUGAUCUCCUUCCUAAGCUCUUCGGACCCCUUCGGGAACGCUACGCCGAGCGUCCCGGCGGCUACACUCGAGUAUUACGUGUCGAGCCCAAGAAAGACGACCAAGCACCUAGCGCCAUCCUGGAACUCGUUGACGGACCCAAGGAUAUACGGUUCGCGAUGACGGCACGCACCGUCGUUAGGCAACGGUCUCAGGGUCUGGACACUCUCAAUGAACUGACACGGUUGAACGUACAGAAGGUGACGCGGUUCCGAAAAGACGGCGUUGACGACUUGGAGCGGGAGAUUAAGAAGUUGGAGCUUGACGGCCGGAAGGAAGAGAAGGCUCAGAAAGCUCAGGAGAAAGGAGAAUCGAAGCAAUAGAUGCAUAUAAAACAACCCUGUUGAAUCAGGGUAGGGUUGCCAAAGGCUCGGCGAAUGGGGCACCGGAUCGCAGCGACCUGAGUCCAUCUGGUGCUUCUGUAUCUGUACAUUUUUUCCUCCAUGGUCUCAUGUCUUUACCAGUUGGUCUUUAUGAUCGUGUAAUUUUAGCUGUUGUUUUCUGGAUACAGAAAUGGGCUUCCGCUUAUUCAUAGACUGUCAUUGUUUAUCCUGCAACUAGGUACGUGAUGUAGCUUGGAUCACGCUGUUAGCAU